AUGUCGUUACCAAAAUCGCCGUUUGCACCUUCUUCGUCUCUGCCUGGAGCCGGAGAGAUCGUUCUUUCUCUACUGCCUCCUGGCAGACAACAUCUACAGACAUUCAGCUACCAAUACCCGCUCAAACUCAUCGCUCCUAAGCCGCAUACUGCCCAAGACGACAAGCACGUGACGGUUGCAUUCCUACUCACCUACGGGGGAGGACUUGUCGGCGGAGACCAGGUCAACCUCAAGAUCGAGCUACAGGAUGCCACACGGCUCUGCCUACUUACUCAAGGCAGCACGAAGAUCUUCAAGUCGGCAGAAAGGUCUGUGGUGAGUAAGCAGACCCUUGAUGUGAAGGUGGGAGCUGGGGCAGCUCUCUGCUACCUACCUGACCCAACUCAGCCAUUUGCGGAGAGCGUCUACGAACAGAAGCAAACCUUCUAUGUGGAACCCGAUGGCAGCAGCAAUCUGCUAGUGCUCGACUGGGUGAGCGAAGGUCGGCGGGCGAAUGGUGAGAGCUGGAAUCUUUGGAGUUGGAAAGGGCGAAACGAAGUCAGAGAAUAUGACGAGCAAUCUAGAGGGAGACUUUUGCUUCGUGAUGCAAUCAUGCUACACGACGAAGACAUCAGCGGCACUACCCUCGUUGCCAACUCAAACGACAUGGGCGUUUUCGGAACGCUGAUUGUGUAUGGCCCAAUAUUCGAACACCUGGCGGGUUUCAUCACCGAGCAAUUUGCAGCUCAGCCUAGGAUGGGAGCAAAGAACUGGAACACAGAUGAUAGUAUAGGUCAGAGCUCACCGCCAACAGACGCGGAGCUGUCGCGGCGAACAGCGCACGAAGCCGGUCUUCUGUGGACCGCAGCAAAAGUUCGAGGAUUUGUGCUUGUCAAGUUUGGCGCAAAAGACCUGGACGGUGCUAGACGGUGGCUAGGCAGUCUUCUCAAACAAGAAGGCACGGUCGAAAGGAUCUUUGGUCAUCAAGCGAUCCUGUGCCUCAGAUGA